GCCAUCUAUAGAGACACAGCAGCAGCAACUUCAACAGCUUCAAGAGCUUCAACAACAUGAUCAGCCUGCCUCACGGCCUGUCCGGCCUUCACUAAUUCGCCAUUCGACGAGCAAUACCUCGAGCAGCACUGUCGAGCAGAGGAGGAGACGGCGGAACCCCACUCAGCAUCUCCGGCCGGCGCUGAGCUUUGGGGAUACGGAUUAUCAGCAGUGGGAUGCCAGCGUUCUCGACAAGGACGACGGCCUGGAUCUGGUGGACGAACAGGAUGCUCUACUGGAAACUCCGGGAGAAUCUGGCGAAGGAGGCGGCCAACAACUGGGCUAUACCAGCACUUCUCUUGCGCCGGGACAAUGGCGUCGAAUUACGGCAGACGAGCCCGGUGUGAUGGUAGAGCCUAUGCAAACAGACGGGCUGCAAGGAAGCCAUGCGGAUACCUCGUUCCAUACCCAUCCACUCGCGGCUGCCCAUGUUGAAGAGCUGAAGGACCAGAUUGAACAGGUAUGGGCUUUUAUCUAUACCUACCGAUUGCUGAAGAUACAGGAAGCUAAUUGUAUACAUGUUAAAAAAAAUAAAGCUGACUCGAGAGCGAGAAAGGCUUGCUCAAGAACUAGCAGCAGCAACGGCUUCAGAGGAAGCACGAGCUGGCGAGAUUGCCAUUAUUCGGGCUAAUCAGUUAAAACUUGAAAAGAAUCACAACCGCCAAAUCUCUGCUCUGAAAAGCGCCAUGGAAGAGGAAACCAGGAAAUACCGAGCAGAGAUUGAAGCGGCUCUGAUGGAGAGCAAGCGGCUGGCUGCUGAAAACGGAUUUCUCAAGCAUGAUUUGCAAGAAGAGGCCUACCGCGCUUCUAAACUGCAGCAUAACUUCCGGAACAAGCCCAAGGAUGAUAAGCCGCAUCCUGCAACCCCAAGGAAGACCAAGUCCCUGCCUCUCAGGGACGGAUUUGAUGACGAUGAGCUCAUGGUGUCUCCUUCAAAGUCUGCCGGAAGGAGAUCCAAGCGAGGGACCCCAAUGACGUCGAACAAGCGGAAACGCGCAGUUGAUGAUUCCCCAAUACCUCUUGCGCUUCAGCUGAGCCAGUCUCUCGGGGGUACUGCUGAUGAUAAUGGGAACGCUGAAACUCCUGGAGGAGGAAAAGAAGAGACCCUUGCAGAGAGCCAACAAAAGCAGCAGCAGCAGCAGCCCAAGCGAGAGGACCGCAACAUGCGGUACAUGCGGCUUAUCCUUAACCACCGUACAUACCCAAGGAAUGCUCCUGAUAUGGAAGUGUUUUCGAGCAUGUAUUUCCCGUCCGAGCCGGACCGCAAGUUCUCGUCGAUUGUCAUACAAUCGAUUACCGCGCAAAGCAGCAGCAACUAUGCGGUGGACUAUACCAAGGCCAUAGCGUCGUUAUGGUCACGCUCUUUGAAAGAGCAUUUCCACAGCCCUAUUGCCAUGUUCAUGUCAAUAGUGAAAUUCAUACUUCACCUAGAUCUGCAUAAGCUGGCUCCCUGCGUCAUCGAGUCUAUUGUGCCAGUGCUCCAGAACUCCGGAUACAUCAAUGGCGUGCCUCGGUUCACCAGUUCUCCUGUAUCGCACGAAAACCUGGGGAAGGUCAAGAGGACGCCUCAGAAAAAGCUGGACCACCGUGUCAGCUCCACAGAGGCACUCGAGAUACUCUACCUGAUUGUCAGCGGCUGCCAGCAGAACAGACAGGCCCUGGAGCUGUUCUGGCGAUGCGUGGGAUACGACUUUAUCCUGAUCAUGUUGAAUUCCUACCAGCAGCUCAACGAUAUUAUUCUGACGUUGAAGAUUCUAGCCUGUGGCCAGCUGGCCAACACCUUUGGACCAAUCUGUGACUCGGAGUCGCAGCAGCUAGAACAUGAAAAGUACAUCAUUGACAGGGCAGCCAACCUGCUUAGCGAGCUGCCAUCUUCCGAUGAGGGAGAGAAACCGUACACGGCCUGGGAAAUCACCACUCUGCGGGUUGAGGUGAUGCUGUUCCUGAACGAGAUUGCCUUUUCAAUACCAAAUCCAGAACGGAACCGGCUUGGUAAAAUGAUUGCCUCACAUCCGAGUGCUCUAGCCCGUGCCUUUCGGUCUAUGCAUGAUGAGCUUGAUGCUAUGUAUUCGAACCCCCCAGAGCGGGACUUACACGCCACUUUGGUCAACGGUCUGACCCGCUUUGUAUAUGGUAUUAUCAAGUUGUUCCCUGGCCAGGUCGACCUACCUUCACGGCUCCGUGCUGUACCAGGGGCGGUACAGAAACACCUUGUUGUUCUGACCCGUUUGGCAUUCAGUGAAGGAUUGCUGCUAGAAGCCGGAAUAUCUGAUCAGACUGUUGAGAUGGCCCAUGAGUUGCUAGAGGAGGCUAUCAACCCACAGGAAGCAGAGGCACUGGUAGAGGCAUUUCGAUCAAGCAAGGCAGAUGAAUGAUACGGUGCCAGCCAUUUUAAGGUGAUGACCUUCCGUGAGGUUCUAGUCUUCCUUUCUACUGUGCUACAUAUCUUAAUGUAGCGCAGUGGACAGACAUUCAAAAAGAAGACCUAUCAUGUCCCGCUCAUCUAAAGGGAGCCUCCAUUGAAUGUCCUUCAGAAGCGGGUUCCGGAUGGUUAUAUAUAUGUCCUUUACUAAAGGAGGCAGCUCACUUUGAGC